UGCGUUCGUGAUACUCACCAGUCGGUCGCUAGUCUAGUGAACAUGGCCGAAAACAAUGGCAAUAGUUAUUGAGCAAACUGCCCGUUCAUUCGACAAUUGUCAACAAAUCAUUUAUUCCCAAUGUAAUUGAGUUUUUAACUGAGCGGCUUUAACGGGAGCUAAAACGCACGAGAGUUGCCAGGGCCAGGCUUUUAUCUACUCGUGAGCCGAGUCAAGGGAAUGACGAGUGCCCUGAAAAAUUAAGGCUUACCCAAGUCAAUUACAGUAUGGACAAAUAAUAAUUGCAACCAAGGGCCAAAAAAACCAAAGAACAAAAUAGAAAGACGUAAGCAACGUUAGCCAGUCUUCUAAUGCCGCAUAGUGGAUAGUAUUAUGGCAACGGUUAUUCAAAAGAAUGGCAUGAAACCUCUAACGAAUGGAACCUUAAAUCACGUUGAGAAUGUGGAUAGCCUGGAUAACGCAGCGAUAUGUGCCGAAUCAGAGAAGGGCGAAAAACUAUACAAAUGUUCAACCGAGACGGAAGAAGCGGAGACGGAAGCACCUCCAGAGAUUGAUAUUCUGAUAAGAAACGUUGUGUGCAAUUUCAGCGUACGAUGCCACUUGAAUCUUCGUGAGAUCGCGCUUACCGGUUCCAACGUAGAGUAUCGACGAGAAAACGGCAUGAUAACGAUGAAGUUUCGAAGACCUUACACAACAGCAACGAUCUGGUCAUCGGGGAAGGUGACUGUCACCGGUGCGGAGACUGAGGCUGAGUCGUACGUAGCAGCUCGUAGAACAGCGAGAGCUUUGCAGAAGCUCGGUUUCAAUGUUCGCUUUAGAAAUUUUCGAGUCGUUAACGUAAUGGGAACUUGUCUCAUGCCGUGGGCAAUUAAAAUAACUCCUUUCUCGAUGCGAUAUAGAGAAAAUGCUGACUACGAGCCAGAGUUACAUCCGGGUGUGACGUACAAAAUUCCGGAACUCGGGGCCUCUUUGAAGAUAUUCUCAACCGGAAGUGUCACGAUCACAGCACCAAGCGUGGCCAACGUUGGGGCAGCGAUCGAACAGAUAUUCCCGCUAGUCUACGAAUUUCGAAAGAAGCGUACACCGGAAGAAGAGUUGGCGAUAAUAGCGAGACGACGAAAGGCAGCAAAGCGCAGUCGACAAGAGUUCCUAAACGAUCCAGACCCGAUGAUAAUGGAGGAUCCAUUGAUGUCGGAAGCUGAGGAAGAAGAGGAAGAAGAGAUGUUGGUUGAAAGCGAUGCGAGCUGGGACUAAUUUCCUGGGAAUCGCUUCAGAAAUCUUUUUCGUAUACUUUCUCUCUGUCUUCUUUCCGUAUCGAAAGUGCUAUUGAAGUGUGUCUGGCUGCUGCACGUUCGUUCAUAUCCCCGAGAAAGAGAAUGAGAAACAGAGGGAAAGGAAGAGAGGAAAAAACCACGAGAAUCAACAUCGUCGAUUUACGAUGUUCACGCCUGUGUGUUUUCCUAUCACAUGUGUAAACAAACAAAAAACAACUGAGAAAAAAGGAAAAGACGUGGAACGAAUGAUCAAGGAAUAAGUGCUCGAGGCGAGUGAAGUGAGUGCAUGGUGAAAUAUGAAAGAAGAACGGAAUAAAAAACUUGAAAGUUCCGUGACUCUCAAAUCGCAUCGAGGUUCGAUCAUUGUAUCGCUACUCUUCUAUUCAUUAUUAUUAUCAUUAUAAUUAUUGCUAUUAUUAUUAUAUUAUUACUAUUAUGAUUAUGAUUAUUGAUUAUUACUAUGAUGAUGAAGGUGAUAACGUUUAUCAUCGAGACGUGGUAAGCGCGGAAGUGUCGAACGCGUUAACGAACAAUUUCGUAGAAAAGAAACAAACAGCAAUUGAAGAUUGCAGACACCAAUUUUAUCUCUAAUGAUCGUGAACUUAUCCGUAAGCUCUGCAAUGGGGACAGACAAAUAUCAUCGAUUAACCGACGAUUUAACAAAAAAUCGUUAUGUUCGUUAGCAAUAUUCUCCCUCCCCCCACGGGCCCUAUUAUUGUCCUGUCAUGGACAAAAAUGUAGAGCGACUAAAGUAUAAGAGGAGAAAAACAUAAGCGUAUGUUGGCAAAUCUCGAUUAACACCAAGUUUUCAAAGUAUCCGACGAUUUUCGGCCCAAUUGUUGAUCGUCCUUUUUUAAUUUAAGUAUAGCGAUCGAAUUUCAGUCGGGAUGAAAUGACGCGACUCGUUCACUGAGGGUAUAUUCUUUCCCCUUCCCUCUUUCUCAUAUUGUUUUCCCCGUUUUUUUUGUAUUUUUUUUCUUUUUUAAAUUAAUUAACUUACCGUGCCAAAGAUGGAUGUUCAAAAUUGUUGAGGCGAAGCUUAGGUUGGCAAACUUGUGCCUUUCGAGCUAAAUAAUUUUGUUCAUUUUCUAGAAUAAGAAUAGACCUCAUUUUUCUUUUGUUUUUGUUCAUUUUUUUGUUUUCUUUUCGAAUCGUCCAAUCUCCUUCGUUGCUUUCUCUCUUUCAGUUUACCUCGGAAUGGAACGAUAACUAUUCGAUUCGUUCCUUUUUUCGCUUUGAUAUUUAUAAUCGUAUACCGACGAGGAUUCGUCGAGCAGAGUGUCGCGAAUUCAUUGCACCCUACUCCAGAACCCCUGACUCUUCAUUCAAUUCGCAAAUAUCGAAAAAUUGUUGUCUAGAAAUAGAAAUUCUUCAUAUAAAUGCUCGUAUAGAUAAAUAAGUUUAUGUAUAUAUUUAAUAUAAAUAAAUAUAUACAUGAAUACAAUUAUUUAUAUGAUUUAUAUGUAAUGAUAAAUAUAGAUGAACAACGAGCGGUAGAAAAUUCCGCUCGAGCAUUUUUAACGAUAACGAUAGAGCGUAGAAGAUUACAAUAGUUCGUAGUUUGUAGGAAUGUAAUUAGAAGAAAAAAAAAGAAGAAGAAACGUGUCUUACGGGGAUAUGUCAUUUUUCGUAAAGGAUCCGGCGGUACAUCGCGCAAAUGGUUCUCUUUGUUUUUUUCCUUCGAUUGGGUCGGAUUACGUAUAUGAUUGGGAAAUCGACAUUGUUGUUGAGAAAAAAAUUGCCCUAUUCUCGCUGUAUCAUCACUUGGUCUUUUUGUUUUCUAUUUGAAGGAAUAUUAAAGCCCGAUCAUUACAGUAGAUCUUUGUACUUCAUCUUGUAAGAUCCGUAUUUUUUUUUUCUUCUGAUUCUGAAAAUCCUUAGAACAACUAAUAAAUUUUCAUAAAUAUUUCUUUCUUCUAUUUUUAUUCAUUUAUUUAUUGUAUCGAAGAUUGCGGCUCAAAAAAUUCACUCUGAACGCGAAAGGAGAGAUUUUCUUUUUUUUCACGAUCGAACAGGAGCUUAAACAAUAUUUAAACAUACACGCUCAACAUUUCUUUUCAUCCUAUUAUUGUGAACGAACGUCACCGAUGCGGAGAUCGAAACAUGUAGCGAUUUCUUAAGCACUGUGGACGCACGUCCUUAUUUCUCGAACAUUAUCAUAAAAUAGAGCACUCUGAAAAAUGAUCACAAAAGUGUUGUGACGUCUUUCGUGCCAUAAGCGAACAUUUCUCAUCACGACGAGACAAUCGAUGUUUCAUUGAAUCACCAAAAAAAAAAACACCACAAACCUUGUAUAUUCAUAUUUUUCUUUUUUCUUCAUAUUUUGUUUCGUUUUUAUUUUUUAUUACGCUAAAAUCACUGCCUUGGGACUCGAUGAACGAGACAAACAACAAAAUCGGGCUGAACUCGCUCGAAUCAUCUCGCAAUUUUUUUGUACUUUCAAGGAAUUUUUCUCUUUUUUUUUUUGUCCUUUUGUUUCGUUUUUUCAUACGUUUUUGAGCUCUCCCGUGAUUAUUUUCUGUUUAAACUUGAAUUCGUACUGCUUUAAUACACUGACAAUUCUUACAAUAACGUGUGUACGGGUAUGCGUUUCUGCGAAUACAUGAGGGUGCGUGGGUGCGUGGGUAGCCCGAUGCGAAAAUAAGAGAUCUGUGAGUUUCGAAAAUCGGCCUUCCGUUGUUGAUGUAAUUUUUUUUAAUGGCGCUAAUAUUCCAAGUGAACAAAAGAAAAAAACAGAUCCAAUGGAAACGAAGAGCAUGUCUCUUGUGUACAUGAUCGACAAAUAGGUCGGAAAUGUUAUUUAAGCCGGAAGGGGCAGUGGGGGAGGAGGGUGGAAAUGAAUAAAAGUUCACUCAAGAUUCGUUGAAAUUGUUGAAAAGAAGAAAAAACAUUGUAGAAGCAGUAGAAAAUGUUAAUCAAUAAGCAAUAAAGAAAACAAAAAUACGAAGUGUAGGUAAAAAAUAAACGAAUGAGAUCCUGACAGUUACGACGCUGCCACUCGUGUAUAUUUCAUUGAUAAGAAAACGAAUGUCCGAAAUAAGAAUAUAUAUUGAAAAGAGCUUUUCGAUUUGAGGACAAUACUCAUCGAGAUGUUUCUGUUCAUCUCAUAAAAUACUCCGAGGGUUUUUCGUUCGAGAUGCGAAUUUAUCCAACGAACGAGUUAUUAAAAAAUUUUCAAUUUCUAGAGUUCAAUUGUCAACUACUGUGUACUCUACAGAAUUUUUAUCGGUUAGAUGUUCUUAUGAAAUACAAAAAAAAAAUACUUUUCUUGGAAAAUGAACUCAAUCGAUUGCAUAAUCAAUUUUUUUUUGUUUUUUUUUUUCAUGGGAAAAAGGAUAUAUACCCGAUCCAUAAUUUAAAUAGAACGAUUUCACUUCAAAGCUGCUCUCGAAAGUAUUGUCGACCAAUUGUGAAAAAGGUGUGCGCAUAUGUAUGUGAGCGUGAGUGUGUGUUCCCCUCUUUGUACAUUUUUCAUCGACAAACGAAACUGGCGAGUUUCUUCAAUUCUCUUUUCCACCAAAAAUAACUGUUCGUGGCUCAUUAUUAUUUCGGCUUCCCGCAGCACUCGUUUCGAUCCCGAGAGUGACCUUAAAUAUUUCGAUUGGAAUUUAACUGUUGAUUCUGAAAAAAAAUCGCUGACCCCUGUAAAAUUCGGCACAAGCUCUUUAUAACACUGAAUGAGGAUAUCCAACAAAGCAAAACUAAAGUGAGGAUAAAAUUACGAAAAGCGAAAAAAACUCUAGCCAAAGGAAUAUUGGCCGAAAUCAUACGUAUUGAAUUAAAAACGCGCGCGCGCGUGUGUGUGUCCGAUUGUGUACGCGUGUGUGAAUGCAUCACGUAAACUAGCACGUAUUUAUAACGUUUAUGGAAAUGUGAAACGAGGGAAAAAUAAUGCAAGAGCAAGUAGAACACUAAAACAAUGAGAAGCAAUCCUGUUGAUCCGUGACUCAAGAUCAGCGGAAAUACACAAUUAAAGUUAUUGCCAAGUAGGGGGAACAUAUGAAUAAAUUUCAGUCGCACGUAAUAAUUGAGAACAUUGAUAAUGCUAUUUCGCCGACGAUAGAAGCAAAAGGGGAAUUUUGCGAUAAAGAAAUUUAAGAUCGUGUCCCCGUGCACACUCUUCUCACCAACUUUCAUUCCCACCUCUCCGCCCAAGAAACACACUGGCCGAUAAUGAUCUCCGUUAUAUGUGUAUACAAGACUGCUGUGAGAUGUGAAUGAAAGAUGAAAACUGAAAAUUGAGGAAAAAAAAAAUUUGUAUGUAAAUCGAAGGAAAUAAAAGUUGAAUUCUAAAAUCUUGUA